AUAACAAAAGCUUGCUAAUUUAGUACUUCUUAAACCGUAGAGCAGUGAGACACGCUAAGCAAUUGUACGAAAUGCGUAUUGCAGUUAUUGGUGGCGGCGUAAACGGCAUCUCCUCGGCCGUGCAGAUCUUGGAGUAUUUGAAAUCAACUGGUUCACCAGCGGAUGUAACUGUGCUCUCCGAAGCUUUCUCACCGAAUACCACCGGCGAUGGCUCAGCUGGCCUCUGGGGUCCUUUUUUGUUGAGCGGCACACCCACAGCGCGAGUACAUCGCUGGUCAAAACACAUGCACGACUUUCUCGCCCAAAUCUGGUUGUCUGAGGACGCUGGUGAGGCAGGUGUCUGCCUUUUACCCUGCCUAGGUUUGACAACAACGAACAUGGAUACUGAUGUUUUCUGGAAGGAUAUAGUUUACGGUUGUCGCCGACUGACACAAAAGCAAUUGGACCAGCUGAAUGUAGGAAGAGCAAAGAAAUAUACUGAAGGCAUACACUACAUUACCUACACCUCUGAGCCGGCCAAGCUGUUACCUUACUUGAUGAAGCGUUUCCAAGCGAAUGGCGGCAAAAUAGUUCAACAAAAAAUCACCAAUUUGGAGGAGUUCAUAACGAAUUCCGAAUACGAGGUCAUUAUUAACUGCACUGGGCUGGGUUCACGUGAAUGUGUUAAAGAUAACGGCAUGUUUCCGAUCCGUGGACAAGUUUCACGCGUUAAGGCGAAUUGGCUGUACUAUGCGUUUAUGGAUGAGAGCGAUGAUGGCAAUUAUAUUAUACCAAAUUACGAAUCGGUCGUUCUGGGAGGCACUCAUCAGAAAAACGACUACAACACAAAAGUAUGUCCGAAUGACAAGGCAUUUAUUGUAAAUGGCUGUCGAGAUAUGUUGCCUAGUCUGGAGAAUGCGCAACAUCUAUCCGAUUGGGUGGGACUACGACCAGGACGUGACGCGCUGCGUUUGGAGGCGGAGAAAGGAGGCAAAAAAAUCAUUAUACACAACUACGGACACGGCGGCGCCGGUGUUACCUUGGCUUGGGGUUGUGCCAAAGAAGUGCUGGAACUGCUGAAACAUGAAUUGGAAGCGCGUAAUUUUGUAAAAUCGAAAUUAUAAAAUAUUUUUGUUGAAAGUAAUUUGAAAUAUGUGUGUAAAUAUCGACAUUUAUAGCCUUUUUAUUGUUUAAUUAAUUUUCAAGUUAUUCAAUAUUAAUAUAAAGUAAUUGCUUGUGUGGCAACAUAAA